AUGGUAGACAGGGAUGUGGAGAAGAAAGAAGCUCCUAUAAUCCAAGAGGAAAUGGAACAGCCUUUGAAUUCAGAUGUUAGCAGUCUUGUGGUCAACAAAAAGCAGAGGAUUUCUCGCGUCACCACCCGAAUCCACCCAGCGUCCAACGCCUCCAGUGAGAAAGCCCCUGCUACCCCUCUGCCACCUCUUGCCCCAGUAGCCACCAGUACUACUGCUUCUCCGUGGCUGCUUCCCACAAUCCAUCCCACUUCCAACUCUCCUCACACUGCCAGCUCCAGCUCCCCCAACACUCCUGAGGGAUGGGGGACGCAAGACCUGCCAGUGGACACCUGGAAUCAAAACAUAAGUAACAUCUUUGAGAACCAGCAACAAAAACUUGCCUCUCAGACUCGUGUGGAAACCCCAGUGCCUGCCUCCCAGGUGGAGCGUCCCAAGUGUACAGACAAGAAGCCUGCGGACUUGUACCAAAAGCCCAGGAUGAUAAAAAGGCGUAAGGAGAAGUACAAAAGCAAAAUACAGAAUACUGUGCGUGUGAGUGAGGAGGAGAAAGACCUUAAGAAAGAAGAAACUUCCAAGCUGGAAAACUCCUCCUGUUUGGAUUCACAAGAAGGAGUCAGAGAAACUUGCACUGCCUCCUCAGAUCCUCCUUUAUCAAGUGAACAACCAGACUACUUCAUAAAAUACACACCUAUAGUCUUGCACGAGCAAUGCCAGAGAUACGAGGCUGACUUCAGUGCAGAGUAUGAUGAAUACAGACGCUUGCAUGCUUGGAUGCAGAGUGUCGCUGAGAAAUUCGGGAAGCUUGAUGCACAGCGGAAACUUCUUUCUCCAGGGUCCAGAGAAUAUCAGAUUCUUGAGGAGGAGAUCUUGGAAGAGUAUCACAAGUUAAAGCAGCCUAGCCCCAGCUACUAUGAAAACAAGUACAGAUGCGAGUAUCUCCACAACAAGCUGUUGCAUAUUAAGAGACUCAUACGGGAGUUUGAACAGCGGCAAGCAGGGUCACUGCACUAG